AACCACUAUCGAGUAAAAAAUGAACCAAAAUGAAUUGAACCGGCAUUUUUUUAACAUAUUGUCAAAAUUAAAUGUAAACAUAAAUAUUCAUAUCACAGCAUAAAGUUCAUCUAGUCGUUUAGUAAUAAUUACCAUGUCAAUGGAGCAAACAGCAUGUGAAGAUUUGAAAGCUUUUGAAAGACGAUUAACUGAAGUUAUUGCCCACUUACAACCUUCAGCAACUAGAUGGAGAAUAAUAUUGGUGAUUAUAUCGAUAUGCACAGCAGCUGGAGCUUGGCACUGGCUUACAGAUCCUGAUACCGCUGCUGUACCGUUUAUGCAAUCAUUAUGGAAUCAUCCGUUCUUUGCAAUUGCAUCUCUUAGUUUAAUGGUACUUUUUGCCAUGGGCAUCCAUAAACGAGUGAUUGCACCAUCAAUUAUAACAGCACGAACUCGAACAGUCUUAGGCGAUUUUAAUAUGUCAUGUGAUGAAACUGGAAAAUUAAUUUUAAAACCUCGACCGACAGUAACAACAUGACAGCUGUACAUGGCUUAGAAAAUUGUUGAGUGUUUGAUGUGUAUAAAUUAUUUUAUUUCAUUUAAUUGUAGUUAUUUCAUUUUUACAUAUUGUAUCAUGAUUGUUGAGACAACUAUCAUUUUGAAUAUUCGUACCUACUACAUAAAUAUAAUA